AUGGAAGAGGCCCAAAAAGCCGAUAGCGCCCGGAGAUUAUUUUAUUCAGUCCGUGCAACCGGCCCCCGGAAACCACUGGCGGGCGGAACCGUCAAGGAUCGGAAAGGAGCAACCAUGAUGAAUAAAGAAGAAUGCCUGAAUCGUUGGGCCGAAUUCUUUCAACGGCGGUUGUUGUGUCCACCAGCUGCCGCUCAUCUGGAGACCAUAGCUGACGUAGAACUCCGAAUGGUGAACGUGGUACCCCUUACGGCCUUGGAGCUAUGGGAGGAUAAUCUCCACCAUAUAGUCAUGCGUUUCAACAAGAUACAUGGCGGGCGCCCGAAACUGGGUGAAGGUGGCCCAGAUGGGUUGCGGAACAUGAAGCGGUCAUUCAUGUGGAAAAAUCUAAGUUGGGUUUUUCAUGAAGUUAUCCGCAUACCAGCCGCCCAUGCAUCGAAAAAGGUAGCUAAGAAACAAGAACUUCGGGACAGUACAGUUCACGAUCUUGCCGUUGACAUGCACUGGAAAGGCAACCGAGCCUAUGUGUUUGGCUUGGCUACAACCGGAGCGCUAGGUAUAGAAAAUUUGAUCGUUCCUCAAGGAGGUUCGUGGUCUCCAAAAUGGGGACUUCAUUAUCCUGCACGACUCCGGAAUCUAGAUGACCCCGUCAUGGCGGCUUGUGGUUACGGGUUCACCAUGUAUAUUUGUGGAGACAACCGGCACCGACGUACUCUUUACGGGUGCGGGAUCAAUUCAGAUGGCCAACUAGGACAGAUCUUUGGGUUGAAGAGUGAAACACCGGAUUCCAGACCGAUUCAUGUUGUGCCAGCACCGCACUCAAUACUUCUACCGUUGAGCAAAUCCGAAACGGAACACCUUUCCCUCGCGCACAUUGCUUGUGGUCGUGCUCAUAGUGUCGUUGGUCUGGAACCGCAGGCUGAGCAGGAUGGACGAAUACGUGGCCGACCCCUUCUGUUUACCAUGGGCAACAACGCCUUCGGUCAGUGUGGUCGACAGAUUGUCCAGGGAGAAUUAUAUGGACCCGGAACAGCCGUGACUUCGCGGAUAUCACUGCCACCAGAAGUGUUGGGUUUGAAGCAGAUUUGUUGCGGACAGGACCACACACUUCUUCUCAGCAUAGACGGCGUGGUUUACGCAGCUGGUCUUGGAACGGACGGUCAAACGGGUCUCGGUCAUCUCAGUUGUACAGAUCAAUUUCAGGCAGUCGGGGGUGCUCUUCGGAAGGUUCAUAUAACUCAGUUAUCCUCCGUCGGUGAUACUGUGUUGGCUUUGUCUGAGUGCGGACGUCUAUUCGCCUGGGGAAACAACGAAUAUGGUCAAAUUUGGCCUGCUGGCGAUGCGCUACAAGUUCCCGAGCCCGUGGAACUUCCUUUGGAUGAGUGUGUUGUGCCGGAGGAGGCUGGUGCAAACUUUCGUGGUGUCCGCAUCGGUAAAAUUCUUUCGGUCGCAGCUGCUGGUUCUAUGUGUAGCCUCGUGGAUGACGCUGGCUUUUUAUUCGUUUGGGGAUUCGGCUGCAUUGGGUUGGGGCCACAGACAAACUUCGCCCAUCGUCCUACUCUCAUUCCACCCGGAUUAUUUGUUCCCGCUAUUCCCAAAAGUCCACAAGCACUUGUAAGUGUUACUGCUGGACUGCAUCACUUCAUUGCACGCAAUGUCAAUGGACUACUCUGGGCUUGGGGUGCCCCAAGGAGUGGUCUCUACUGCCUCGGAUUGGGCGCUGAACUGGGCAAAAAGUCCUCGCGACAAACCUACCCUUUCCCCGUGAAGAUUCCAGCUGAAGUGAAACACGUGUUGUGCGGUGUGGAUCAUUCAGUUGUGUUGGCCAAGUCGCUAGCGUGACAACCAGUCGCGACAGAUGUGAACGCCCGCGGUCCUUCUGAUUAUAAACGUAGUAUAUAUUUCCUG